AUGAACACGCCCUCUGUUCAAUGCACACGGGACGAGUUUGACGAAAUGGCUGCCACUCUCGUUCGGUCCAACGGACUCUGGCGGCUCCAUCGCAAGAAGGACAGUUUUGAAAGAAGUGUUGUGUGGCUGGAGGCUGUGCACAUCAUGGAACGGAUGGGUUCGGUUGGAAAUGUGGAGCGUUUGUUGGUGACUUUCUUUGUAAGUUACAGUGAAUGCUACAGCCAACCCCAGCUUCACCUAGCGCCAGAGCAUCCUCUGGAUGCAGAGAGGUUGUCAACAUAUGUGGCUGGCGCUUGUUUUCAUCCACGCGAAAGCUGCGGCUGCUAUGAAGCGCCCCUCGUCACCUUGGGGUUUUGCGAAGAGUUGGAAAUGACGCUUUGGGGCCUCCAUCCGUGUGAUACCGCGCAGCUAGCACUCAUGGCGUCAGAGAACGGGGUAAGAGGUAAUUGCCUGGAACUCUUUUUGCUGAGCGUAGCGCCGUUUGUCAGUAUGACUGAGGAUUUGCUCCCUACACACGCCACAGGCAUGGCGAACCACAGCGGUUGUCCAUGCGACAGCGGAUAG